CAUGCACCAUAUUCUGGCAAUAAGAUGGCCUGAAAAGACCUCCAACAGCAGCCCAUGGGGAAAAAACCCACAAGAAUGUCACUAGCCAACAAUCCUAACCCUGACACCCUUACCAGACAGGCAUUUGCUGAAACCCUCAGGGGGAGAGAAGAGUUGGGAGACCAAAAGUGUUUUCGAAAAGAAUAGUAGAUAGCGAGGCAAACUUUUUUCCUACACAUUUCUCCGAUGAUGAAUAAUGAUGGCCGCUGUGAUUGUUUUUCACUGUGUAUUUAAAGAAAAUGACUGUGCUGGUAACUCUGUCUUAAGCUGACUUCCUUGUAUGUUCAACCAAUCAAAUGUCUGUGAGGUGGCCAAGACGUUAGAGUACACAACAUGUUCAACCAAUAGAUCGCCUGUGGCUCGUCAGACUAGGAAGUGAUGUCUUUGUACUUUAUAAAUGUCCACAGCGCACCACGUCUGGGCGUCUUCACGAGGAAGCUCUUGGCAAAAGAUUAUCUAAGCAAGUCUUGGAAAUCGCAUCUCGUGUGAUCACGAUGACUAUGCAGCUAUUCGUGUGUUUAUUUACACUCUUGAUUCAGCACCACGUACAGAAAACACGAGCCUGUGGUGUGUACACCUCACCCAGUGGCUCCAUCUCGUCCCCGCUGUACCCCAGUCAGUACCCGCCUGAUGAAGACUGUACCUACAUCAUCAACACAACACAGGGCCAUCGUAUCACCUUGACAUUUGUUACAUUUGAAAUUGAGACUGCAACCGAUGACUGCGAAUUUGACUCUUUGGAGAUCCGGGAUGGAAGUUCCGAGCUGUCACCGUCUAUGGGUAUCUUCUGUAACACGAGUGUUCCGGACAGAGUGAGGUCCACGUCUAACACCAUGUGGAUCAGAUUCCAGUCUGGCUCACAGUCAGGCACUGGCUUCAAUGCAACUUACUCAUCAGCAAUCAUUCCACAGAAGUUUCUCCUUGUCCCUGAAUCUUAUAACGGCAUCUAUCGCAUAGACAUCGACACGGGAAGUAAUGUUACAAUCCGUCCCAAUGGCCUACACAACCCAUAUGGUAUUGACUACGAUCCAGUAGACGGUCGUGUCUAUUGGUCAAAUACAGAGGAGAAGACCAUUCGAUCCGCUAACCUUGAUGGCAGCGAUGCUCGGCUGGUUCGCAGCAUUAGUCAAGGAGGUUACCUAUGGGGCCUUUCUCUGGACUCUGUGUCGAGGCUACUAUUCUACGCUGACGACGGCAACAAUGUCAUUGGAAUGAUAUCGCUGGACACCAACAGUCAUCAUAUUGUUGUCGAUUCUGAUAUUAGUCAGCCUGUGGACAUCGAACUCGACAAAGACAAUGGUGUCAUCUAUUGGAGUGACUACAGCAGGGAUAAAAUAGAGAGGUGUAACUAUGACGGCUCGGACCGUCAGACACUGAUUUCUGCAUCCAGGCAUCUUAAAGGUCCCAAUGGUCUUGCUUUGGACACUGUAGGGAGGAGACUUUACUGGGCAGCUUCAACCACACAGCUGAUAGGAUGGACGGAUGUGGACAGCAAACGUUCUGAAGUUUAUUUUAAACUGGAGGGCUCAAAUUUUAUGGGCCUGGAUAUCUACCAAGAUGAGUUGUUUGUCACUGACUGGGGAGCUGAACUAAAUCUGGCACAAACAACACACAUCUAUCGCAUUGGCAAAAAUAAAACAAUGAUGGCGAGUGUACAAGUUAUAGGGAGAGUAAGCGAUGUUCGUGUCUAUGCCGAGGAAACAACACGUAAAGGACCAAACGGAUGCGGCAACAACAAUGGAGGCUGUAGAUACAUCUGCCUACCAACUCCUGGGAACAGAAGCAAGUGUCUUGUUCAGUUAGAGAAGUCACAUGGAUGUGGUGAAUUUAUUUCCCCUAGUGGCUUUAUUUCGUCACCAUCAUAUACUAGACAGACCAUGGAAAUUCUGGAUUGCAUUUACAUAAUAAAGACAACAGCCGGCUAUCGCAUCACCUUAACAUUCCUGACACUUGAAACUGAAGACUGCAGGUUCGAUUUUCUGCAGAUCCGGGAUGGAAGCUCCGAGCUGUCACCGUCUAUGGGUAUCUUCUGUAACACGAGUGUUCCGGACAGAGUGAGGUCCACGUCUAACACCAUGUGGAUCAGAUUCCGGUCUGGCUCACAGUCAAGCACUGACUUCAAUGCAACUUACUCAUCAGCAAUCAUUCCACAGAAGUUUCUCCUUGUCACUGACUCGUAUAACGGCAUCCGUCGCAUAGACAUCGACACGGGAAGUAAUGUUACAAUUCGUCCCAGUGGUCUACGGAACCCAUUAGGUAUUGACUACGAUCCAGUAGACGGUCGUGUCUAUUGGUCAAAUACACGGGACAAGACCAUUCGAUCCGCUAACCUUGAUGGCAGCGAUGCUCGGCUGGUUCGCAGAAUUAGUCAAGGAGGUGACCUACGGGGCCUUUCUGUGGACUCUGUGUCAAGGCUACUAUUCUACGCCGACGACGGCAACAAGGUCAUCGGAAUGAUAUCACUGGACACCAACAGUCAUAAGAUUGUCGUCGAUUCUGAUAUUAGUCAGCCUGUGGACAUCGAACUCGACAAACACAAUGGUGUCAUCUACUGGAGUGACUACACCAGGGGUAAAAUAGAGAGGUGUAACUAUGACGGCUCGGACCGUCAGACACUGAUUUCUGCAUCCAGGCAUCUUAAAGGUCCUAAUGGUCUUGCUUUGGACGCAGAAGGGAGGAGACUUUACUGGGCAGAUGCAGUCACACAGCUGAUAGGAUGGACGGAUGUGGACAGCAAACAUUCUGAAGUUUAUUUUAAACUGGAGGGCUCACAUUUUGUGGGCCUGGAUAUCUACCACAAUGAGUUGUUCGUCACGGACUGGGGAGCUAAACUAAAUCUGGAACUAACAACACACAUCCAUCGCAUUGGCGAAAAAAAAACAAUGAUGGCGAGUGUACAAGUUAAAGGGAGAGUAAACGAUGUUCGUGUCUAUGCCGAGGAGACAACACGUAAAGGACCAAGCGUAUGCGCCAACAACAAUGGAGGCUGUAGAUACAUCUGCCUACCAACUCCUGGGAACAGAAGCAAGUGUCUUGUUCAGUUAGACAAGUCACAUGGAUGUGGUGAAUAUAUUUCCCCUAGUGGCUUCAUCUCAUCUCCAUCAUAUGCUAGACAGGACCUGGAAAUUGAGGAUUGCAUUUACAUAAUAAAGACAACAGCAGGUCAUCGCAUCACCUUAACAUUCCUGACACUUGAAACUGAAGACUGCAGAUUCGAUUUUCUGCAGAUCCGGGAUGGAAGCUCCGAGCUGUCACCGUCUAUGGGUAUCUUCUGUAACACGAGUGUUCCGGACAGAGUGAGGUCCACGUCUAACACCAUGUGGAUCAGAUCCCGGUCUGGCUCACAGUCAGGCACUGUCUUCAAUGCAACUUACUCAUCAGCAAUCAUUCCACAGAAGUUUCUCCUUGUCACUGACUCUUAUAACGGCAUCCGUCACAUAGACAUCGACACGGGAAGUAAUGUUACAAUCCGUCCCAGUGGUCUACAGGAACCAUUCGGUAUUGACUACGAUCCAGUAGACGGUCGUGUCUAUUGGUCAAAUACAGACAAGACCAUUCGAUCCGCUAACCUUGAUGGCAGCGAUGCUCGGCUGGUUUGCAGUAUUAGUCAAGGAGGUGGCCUACGGGGCCUUUCUGUGGACUCUGUGUCGAGGCUACUAUUCUACGCCGACGACGGCAACAAGGUCAUCGGAAUGAUAUCACUGGACACCAACAGUCAUCAUAUUGUCGUCGAUUCAGACAUUCGUCAGCCUAUGGACAUCGAACUCGACAAACACAAUGGUGUCAUCUACUGGAGUGACUACAGCAGGAGUAAAAUAGAGAUGUGUAACUAUGACGGCUCGGACCGUCAGACACUGAUUUCUGCAUACAGGCAUCUUAAAGGUCCUCAUGGUCUUGCUUUGGACACAGUAGGGAGGAGACUUUACUGGGCAGAUGCAGACACACAGCUGAUAGGAUGGACGGAUGUGGACAGCAAACUUUCUAAAGUUUAUUUUAAACUGGAGGGCUCAAAUUUUAUGGGCCUGGAUAUCUACCAAAAUGAGUUGUUUGUCACAGACUGGGGAGCUAAACUAAAUCUGGCAGAAACAACACACAUCUAUCACAUUGACAAGAAUAAAUCAAUGAUGGCGAGUGUACAAGUUAAAGGGAGAGUAAACGAUGUUCGUGUCUAUGCCGAGGAAACAACACGUAAAGGACCAAGCGGAUGCGGCAACAACAAUGGAGGCUGUAGAUACAUCUGCCUACCAACUCCUGGGAACAGAAGCAAGUGUCUUGUUCAGUUAGACAAGUCACAUGGAUGUGGUGAAUAUAUUUCCCCUAGUGGCUUCAUCUCAUCUCCAUCAUAUGCUAGACAGUCCAUGGAAAUCGAGGAUUGUAUUUACAUAAUAAAGACAACACCAGGCUAUCACAUCACCUUAACAUUCCUGACCUUUGACACUGAAGACUGCAGAUUCGAUUUUCUGCAGAUACGGGAUGGAAGCUCCGAGCUGUCACCGUCUAUGGGUAUCUUCUGUAACACGAGAGUUCCGGACAGAGUGAGGUCCACGUCUAACACCAUGUGGAUCAGAUCCAGGUCUGGCUCACAGUCAGGCACUGGCUUCAGUGCAACUUACUCAUCAGCAAUCAUUCCACAGAAGUUUCUCCUUGUCACUGACUCUUAUCACGGCAUCCGUCGCAUAGACAUCGACACGGGAAGUAAUGUUACAAUUCGUCCCAGUGGUCUAGACAACCCAUUCGGUAUUGACUACGAUCCAGUAGAAGGUCGUGUUUAUUGGUCAAAUGCAGACAAGACCAUUCGAUCCGCUAACCUUGAUGGCAGCGAUGCUCGGCUGGUUCGCAGUAUUGGUCAAGGAGGUUAUCUAUGGGGCCUUUCUGUGGACUCUGUGUCGAGGCUACUGUUCUACGCCGACGGCGGCAACAAGGUCAUAGGAAUGAUACCACUGAACAACAACAUUCAUCACAUUGUCGUCGAUUCAGACAUUGGUCAGCCUAUAGACAUCGAGCUGGACAAACACAAUGGUGUCCUCUACUGGAGUGACUACACCAGGAGUAGAAUAGAGAGAUGUAACUAUGAUGGCUCGCACCGUGAAACAAUAAUUUCCUCAUCUCAACAUCUUAAACGUCCAACUGGUCUUGCUUUGGACACAGAAGGGAGGAGACUUUACUGGGCAGAUGCAGGCACACAGCUGAUAGGAUGGACGGAUGUGGACAGCAAACGUUCUGAAGUUUAUUUUAAACUGGAGGGCUCAAAUUUUAUGGGCCUGGAUAUCUACCACAAUGAGUUGUUUGUCACGGACUGGGGACAUGAAAAGGGUCUGUCACAAACAACAUACAUCUAUCGCAUUGGCAAGAACGGAACAAUGAUGGCCGCUGUACAAGUUAAUGGCAGAGUAAACGAUGUUUGUGUCUAUGCCGAGGAGAGUAUACAUAAAGCAUCUACUUUACCAACAAGCGAAGAAACAACAAAAAGUGAAAGUACAGCAUCUACCCCACCAGCACCAACAAGCGAUCACACGAUAAGAAGUGAAAGUACAGACUCUGAUGGCGCUAAGACUUUAAACAUCAUUUUGGUCAGCGUCGUCGUUGCCUUGGUAGUAACUGUUGGUAUCGCCACUCUCAUCGUUUUCAUCAAAAAAAGGAAAUAUCAGCGAAACACCAGCUAGAGGCACAUCAACAGACAUUAAAGACGGACAAAUUUGUUUCUAAAGCAAUCCAGAGCUCAACUCGCCCAAGGAAAGAAAGCAAAGUGAAAGCAUAGGAGAACAAUCCAGAAGAUGGAGUAGCCGAAGCACAGAUCAAACAGUGGACACAAAAAGUAACAUAGAUUUAAGGAAAAAAGAAAUAAAGACCUGGCGCCCUGCACCCUGUAAGGCAAGGAGACAUCACUCAAAAACAGUUUUACAUCGUUAUUCAUCCGUCGACACUUUUUCUCACACUCAACGGAGACUAAUGGGUCUGAGACCAAGUGCAGGCACGCCAUAGCUUAAAAGUUCCUUCAAAGGAACACCCUCCAGCAGACCUGUCACAGCCAGCACUGGACUAAUCUUCUGGGGUUUUUGUGUAUGGGAAAUUUCCCAUACUUCCAGUGGCUUGGCCUGAAAACAAGAAGAUAGUGCUGCAACUGUAGCUGACGAUGAUAGACUAACAAGAGGAAAGUAACGCUGAGAGAGAGAGACUGAGGCAAAGGGAGAAAAAUGGAAUUUGAAGAUUCAAGAGGCUCACGCAGGAAGAAAUGACCAUCUGCUGGAAGACACUGGAGCGUGGGAAGAAAAAGGGUCUCUAUCCUGCUUCUUGCCUUGAUCGUCAAAAGAUGAGUCGACGAGCGAAGGCUUUCACCAGCAUGCGUCAUAAGCUCUUCUAGCGAGGAAUCUUCCCGACCAGGCUCUUGUGGUAUUUUUGAGAAGCAGAGUCUGUGACCACUAGCACCAAGUUCAUCAUUGCUGUCUGUGUUGUGGGCGCUGUCGUAGGAAUUGCUGUCAUCAUCGCACUCGUCUUUGCCUUCAAACAAAGACGUCAGAGCAAUCCCGAAGAAUAUGUGGCUUUCACGCAGAGACAGAACACACCGGAAAUCCCACUGGAGUCACUGGCAUCAGCACCAAAUGCUCUUCAUUUCAAUCCUUAUGAAGAAAUCCCCAGUUCUCAAUCCGGUUAUGGAGAUGGCUACUCUAAUAACACAGGUGACACAAGCUUCGAUCAAAGUGUAAGAAAUGGGUCCGCUCUUUACCUUACACCGAUGGGCCUUACAGGUGCGGACACAGCAGAGCCAGCCAAUGCGUAAAUCAUAGAUAAACAGCAAGCUCACAAUAAGACUGUUUUCUUUUACUUGAUGACUAUAAAAUUGAUUAAUUGGCAUAGUUAAGUCCUUAGUCAGGUGUGAUAAAGACUUCUCUGGCUCCAAUAAACAACAAAAUAUUUACUAUAGACCGAAUCGCAACGCGGAGCAAUCGUUGUCAGCAUCGUAAGGGGAGGGCAGCACGAAAGUGAGGCUGACACCAUUGCCAGGCAGACCCUUGACUGGAACCCUCAGGGGAAGAGGAGAGCUGGGAGACCAAAAUAGACUUGGUAAAGAACAGUAGAGAGCGAGGUAAAGGACGUGGCAACCACAUGGACCCAACUGAAGGGGGCUGCCCUAUAGCGGGUCCGCUGGCGAGGUGUUGCUGCGGUCCUAUGCUCCUGAAAUGAGC